GAGUGUUACCUAUCGCCCCGCAAAAAAGUGACAUUUUUCAGUGGCAGCAGUUCGUGUGAUACCGUAGUAUCAACAAGUGGUUAAAAGCUCAUCUUGUUGAAAAAAGGAGCCAUUAUCUACGAACCGAGAAGUACCGCAACAUUAUCGGGUCAACGCCACGACUGAAUGACUUCCACCGUAAGAGGACAGGAGCAGCAGUCGUCAUAAGAAUUUCAGAAACAUCGCCGUAAGAGGAUAGAUACUGAUUUUCUUCGCAGAGAAUUCCAGACCAUCACCGUAAGAGGCACGAGGCGGAAUUUUCAUUAUCAUUUUGAGGUAUCCCCUAAAAUGAAACUUAUACUCGCCAUUUGCGUGUCAUUUACAAUUGUUUAUGCUAACAUAGGAAUACAUGAUAUAACUAACAACCCCUUAGCAGUAAUUCCAUUAGGUCAAGCACGAGUCAAGACAGGAAACAUAAGAAUCAUACACCCAAUCAAGAUAGAUCUUUUAGAACAAGUUCUCAUUAACAAUGAGGCAGAAUUAAAAUACCAUGUGAACGAUAAUCCUCUUUACAAUAUUAUAAAAUUAAAGGUUAAUAAAUUGCAUGAAACAUUUAACAAGAUUAGGCCACAUACGAACAGAGAACGACGAUGGGAUACUAUUGGCACCAUAUGGAAGUGGAUCGCAGGAACACCUGAUGCUGAAGAUUUACGUGUUAUAAACUCCACUAUUAACUCCUUGAUUGAACAAAAUAAUCAACAAGUACUGAUUAACGACGAAAUUGAUAAACGCUUGUAUGAUAUAACCAGAAUUGCAAACAGCGUACUCCAACUGGAAGAAGAAAGAUUUCAUCAAAGAUCGAAUGAAAUUAUCCAACUAAUUAUCAUCUCAAAUCUCGAUACUCUGCAAAACUAUUUAGAAACACUGGAAGAUGCUAUUUUACUAGCAAAACAUGGAAUACCCAGCAGCAAACUAUUAUCUCUUGACGACCUGAACCAAAUGGUUAAGUUUUUAGCUGAGCACAACAUACAUGUAUCAUCAACCGAAGAAAUGUUGAUAAGAUCCACAGCUCAGGUAACAAUGAACAAAACACAUAUCAUAUAUAUGUUGAAAUACCCAUUUGAAUCCAAACAUACUUUUGAAUACAAUUAUAUUGAUUCAAUUAUAAAAACUGACAAAAGAAUUCUCUUGCAUCACAACUAUAUACUGAAGAACAACACUCAUGUAUUUGAAUCGUCACAGCCCUGCGAACAAAUAGAUAAUGGUAAUUAUCUUUGUGACAGCAUACACCUAGAACCAUCAAGUAAGUGUAUUCAAAAACUAGUACAUGGACAUCAUUCCGAUUGUACUUAUGAAAAAGUAUAUUCCGAUGGAAUAAUUAAACGUAUUCAUGAUGCCGUUAUACUCAUUAACAAUGCCACAGUCAGAAUUUCAUCGAGUUGCAACAAUGACACACAAUUUCUCACAGGCUCAUAUAUAAUACAUUUUGAAAAAUGCAACAUCUACAUCAACGGAGAAGAAUUUCCAAACCUGGAAAUAACAAUACCAAACAAAGCAUUUCAACCAACACUGGGGUUAAUAGCAACCGAAACCGACGUCAUCGACAUACCACCAUCAAAAUAUCUAAACAAUCUAACUAUUGAGCAUAGAGAAAUAUUGAAAAAAAUCAAACUAGAGAACAAAUCUUUGUCAUGGAAAGUUAAUUUGUUUGGAUCAAUAAGUGGUUCAAUUGUAUUCAUUGUGUUUAUCGUAAUAGCCGUAUUGAUAAAUAUUUACAGAUAUCAAAGCCUGAGGUUCAUAUUACCAUCUGCAUCAAGGGAAACAACAUAAAGUAAACGAGAGCAUCUAGAAACUUCGAGGACAAAGUCAUUUAAGAGGAGAGGAGUUAACACGACAUCACAGCACCGAAAGCAAAACACCAGCACCGAAACAAUGCAACACCAUUCAUAGCGAAAUAUGCUAUGA